AUGGCGGUGGGAAGUUUCCUGCAGAAUCUUGAGAAUCUGCUGAAGCCAACGCCAAGAGAAGAUCACACAUUCGUGAUCUCUACGAGUAUGAAGCCAGAGACGAGUUUGCCGAGGGUUGAUGCGAGAGAUGCUGGGGUGGUUGUUGCGGAGAUGUUGAGAGAGCCAGAGGAGUACUGGGGGAGGAUUGUGUAUGCGGCGGCGGAGUUGCGUACUAUGAAGGACUUGGUGGGGAUCGUUGGGACGGGAAGCGGAAGGGAUGUAAGGUAUGAGCAGAUGCCUGAGGCCGAUUCGAAGGACUUCCUGAAGGGCAUGACUCUGGUCUUGGCUGAGGACUUUGGGCAGACGGUGGCUUACUAUCAGGAGUAUGGACACUUUGGCCAGGAGACUGCGGAUUGGACACAGCCUGCGAUGGAAGGUAAGUUGGGCAGGCUGACUAGGGUGGCUGAGUUUGUAAAUGAUUUGGAAUUCCGAACGUAUCACUACUGCGAUCGUCAAAGCACGCCAUCAAUGCAACCCGCCAAGAGGCUGUACAUCGAGACUCAGUUGACCCUGAGCACGCACAAUGACCCCAACCACUUUCCUGACAAACCUGAACCGCUGUCAUGUGCACGCAGAGUUUCACUCACUUCGCCCCGACCUUAUCGGGCCGCGCCGUAA